GUACAGCGUAACUGCUUAGCGUUUUAUAAUAUUAUAAUAUAGAACAACAUAACACUAUUUAAUAGUGUAGAAAUAUGUCAUUUUGAACGUUGGAAUUUUUUUUAGUAAAAACGUUAUUUUACACUAAUUGCUCAUAUUAUAUUACUUCGAGAAUUGUAUAUACGAUGUGUAUGUAAUAAAUGAAGAAAUUGAACAACAGCAAUAGAUUUUUUCAUAAUAAGACAAAUAAAUACCAAAUCAUAAGAAACAUAUUUUACAUGGCAAUCGGGUAGGCAAUAAACACACGACUGAACGUUAGCGAUGGAUUUUCAGGAUUGAGAUAGGCAACUUUGUGUACAAGAUUGCCGAAUAGCAAUAGAUUUUGGGAACCCUGGAAUUCUCUUAUCAAAUAUUGCUAGCGGAACGUACAUCAACAUAGAACUACCAAGUGGAGACGCGUCUAAAGUUGGAUUUGUUUAUAUUUCUGCAAGCGCUGCUUUUUAAAAAUGAGGCGGCGAGCCGGGGUCGGUGCCAUUCAGAAACAAAAAUUGGAACAAGAAAAGUACAAAGACAAAGGGACGGUGAUUCAAGAGAAUCAGUUUGAACAGAUGACCAAACAAAUGGAAGUGUUCCGCGGGAAUUUGGAGGAAUUUGCCACCAAGUACAAAAACGAAAUCAAGAAGAACUCACAGUUCAGGCGACAGUUCCAAGAAAUGUGCGCGUCCAUUGGCGUCGAUCCGUUGGCCUCGGGCAAGGGCUUUUGGUCCGUCCUGGGCAUCGGUGAUUUUUACUACGAAUUGGCUGUUCAAAUCGUCGAAGUGUGCAUGGCGACCAGUUACAAAAACGGGGGUAUCAUUGGGUUGGACGAGUUAAGGGAUCGUCUGAUAAAAGCCAGAGGUCGCAAUAUACAGCAUCAAGAGAUCACGGUCGACGACUUACUGUGUGCUGCCAAGAAGCUAAAGAUAUUUGGCAACGGUUUUUGCGUGAUACCUGUCGGCAAGGGCCAGUAUAUGGUGCAGUCUGUGCCCGGAGAACUGAGCAUGGAUCAGACAGCCGUGCUUAAACUGCUAUCCUCUUCUGGCAGCCCCUGUGUCAGUCUCUCAUCCCUCAAAGUACAACUCAAUUGGGAAGAAACGAGGGCAGUCAAUGCCAUCAGUCAAAUGGUGAUCGAAGGCCUGUGCUGGGUUGACAGUCAAAAUGAAGGUGAAUUCUCAUACUGGUUCCCUGCCAUGUUUAACGAAUGCAUAACGUCAUGACGAUAUCCCAUUUAGAAAUUGUUUGUAUAUACCUAUUAUACUAUAUUAAUUAUUUUAUAAAUAUUAAAGAUUACUAUUCAAUGUUGUAAAUAAAUUGAAUAUCACUCA